AUGGCCACUCAUGUCGUGUGUGCCCAGCAGGCCCAGCGCAGGAGGAUGAGGCAGAGGGGCCGCCGGAGAGCACGGCAAGCCCCCUCUGCGCUGCAGGAGCAGGGACCCCGGGGGCGAGCGCCGUCCCGAGGGCCCAGGGCGGCCUGGCAGGCUGAGUUCCCCAGUGGUGCUUCCAGCUCUGUGGACUCCUGCCCCUCCUCGCUGGGCAGCUGCCCCUGCUGCUCGGGAAGAGACGCUGCCUGGCACCCGCGGGAGUCCUGGGAGACCCUGCCCCUGGCACCCCUGCCGCCUCGCCCGUGGCACCCGGUCCAUUGCCCAGGAGCGGCUGGAAACACAACGCCUGCUAGCAACUCUCAGCCCCUCCCCAAGCGCCCGGCUGCGGGGGCCCAGGGCCGUCGGGCGCGGAGCCCGAGGCUGCCCAUCCUGGGCCAGGUCACGCCGCACAGCCUGGAGUUCAGCAUGCAGUGUAACCACCUGUGGGAGCCCCCGACGCCCCACACCGAGUCCCCGGCCCCGCUGGUCCCCAGCGCGCCCACCCUGUGCCCGGGGGCUGGGGGCACCAGCCCAGGCGUCACCUUCAGCACAAGCAGGGUCUCUUUCCGCAGCUCCGAGGGGCACGAGGAGCUGGAGUGGCAUGUUUUGAGCCAGCAGCUCCGCCAGGAGCAGAGCUGCCUCUGCCCAGCGUCCUACGGCACCCUGCCGCCCCUGACCCCGCGCAGCCCCAAUGCCGGGCCGACGGGCACGGAACAGGGCUUAGAACCACACCACGGACUCCAUGGACUUUCCAAGACCCAGAGAGCUGGUGCCAGCCCCCUGCGUCCCCAGCAGAGCCAGGAGUCCCGUGCGUGCAUCCCAGCAGGCUCCCGCUCCCGGGCCGUGCUGGGCCACCUCACCUUGGCCAAGGUGGCCAGGCUGCAGCGCCAUCUGGCCAGGAAGAGCUUGGAGUGCCGGCUGGAGGCGCUGCCGUGGCUGGUGAGAUGGUCCCAGAGCAGCGCUGCCCCUGGCCGAAAAGCUGCACUGCCCAGGUCCGUCCGCCCCGGGGCCCAGGCCGGGAAGCCCCGGGGUCCGGCGUUCCCAGCCGUGCCGAAGGAGUCCGUCCGCAGCCUGGAGUGCAAGACCCUGGCCUCCCUCUGGGGCCUCCCCACACGGCUCACGGAGGCCCUGGCCAAAGGGCCAAGGAAGGAGGAGGCUGCUGUGGUGGGCAGCCAGAGGCAGGCAGAUGGGGACGGGCAGAGCCAGCAAGAGACACCUUGGCACAUCUGGGCCUUCCCCAGCGCCCUCCUGCAGUUGCUGAAAGCCCUCCUGCUGCCAGCGCCGGGCGAGAGGAAACCCCAGCCCCGCGCUGACGCCGUCCGGCACAGCCAGGAGCCCUGCGUGUGUGACGUGGCACUGCCCCAUGGAGACGCCGGACGCCCCGUGCCCCACGCCUGCACUGCCCUGGACAGGCUGAGCCCGCAGGCAGCUGCCAGGCUGCAGGCCCACGGGGCGCGGAAGUGUCUGGAGAUCAAGGCGGGGGCUUUGCCCAGCCUGGUGAAUGCCUCGCAGGAAGCCGCCCCCGUGGGGAAGCCGCCGGCCCUGCCCAAGCUGCUGCACCCGGGCCAGAGACACCGGCAGCCCCGCCCCAGCACGUGCCCGGCCCUGGAGCCGGAGGCCGCGCGGCGCGUCGAGCUCAACCUCCGGCAGAAGGGGCUGCUCUUGCUGUGGGGGCUGCCUGGCCUGUACACGCAGUCCCUGGCCCGGCUGGUCCCCAGCGCCCCCCGCCUGCCCGGCCCCAGCGCUGUGCGGCGCCCAGGGCUGGAGCUCGCCGAGCAGGGCACCCCCUUCCUGAGCACCGCCUCCCGCCACAGCUUGGAGUGGCAUAUCCGCAGCAAGAAGCUGCAGCACCAGUGGGGCCUGCCCCCCGUCCUGCAGCGCUCCCUGGCAGCCUUCCUGGCCCCGGCACCCCCCCCCAGCGCCCGGCCAGCCAGGCGCCCCAGGGAGGUGGCCAUCGGCCCCCAGGAGCUGCCCUUCCUUUGCAGCAGUGCCCGGAGGGAACUGGAGUCUCAUCUCAUCACCGUGCAGGCUCAGCAUCGCUGGGGGCUGCCCGGCAGGGUCCAGGCCUCACUGCAUCGGUUCAUGCCACCUGCCCCGGGCCACGUGCCAGCCAGCCGCCCGCCCACCCCGGGCCACGAAGCAUCCGGCCACCCGCCCACCUCGGGCCACGCACCAGCCAGCCGCCCGCCCACCCCGGGCCACACAGCAUCCAGCCGCCCGCCCACCCCCGGCCAUGCACCAGCCAGCCGCCCGCCCACCCCGGGCCACACAGCAUCCAGCCGCCCGCCCACCCCGGGCCAUGCAUCAGCCAGCCGCCCACCCACCCCGGGCCACACAGCAUCCAGCCGCCCGCCCACCCCGGGCCAUGCACUAGCCAGUCGCCCACCCACCCCGGGCCAUGCGCCAGCCAGCCGCCUGCCCACCCCAGGCCACACAGCAUCCCGCCGCUCGCCCACCCUGGGACAAGUGCCAGCCAGCCGCCCACCCACCCCGGGCCACGCACCAGCCAGCCGCCCACCCAUCCCGGGCACACAGCAUCCCACCGCCCGCCCACCCCGGGCCACGCGCCAGCCAGCCGCCCACCCACCCCGGGCCACGCACCAGCCAGCCGCCCGCCCACCCCGGGCCACACAGCAUCCAGCCGCCCACCCAGCCCGGGCCACACAGCAUCCAGCCGCCCGCCCAGCCUGGGCCAUGCACCAUCCAGCCGCCCACCCUCCCGAGGUCACGCACCAGCCAGCCGCCUGCCCAACCCAGGCCACGCACCAGCCAGCCAACUCCCAUUCCAGCUCUACUUCAAGAAGGCCUGGAAUCACCUGGGGAGACACCACCCGACCCCACAGCCAUGGGGCUGCCCGCAGCCCCCCCAGGCUGGCCCUGCAGCCGGAGCUCUCCGCCAUCCCAUCCCAGUGCCGGGUCCCGGGCAGGACGCAGCGCCACCCGAAGAAGCGCGUUGUCCUGAGGACGGACAGUCACCCCAAGUUAGGGGCACGGGGCAGCGAGGGUCCCUCCUGCCCCCCGGAAGCCGGACACCCCCAGGGUGCCCCUGCCAGCCCCGAGUGGCUGAUCCGCUCCAUUGUGAAGUCGCUGGGCACCGAGCGGGCAGCGCGGGACCUGCAGCUGCGGCUGCUGGGCUGGGGCCCGUGGAGCGUGGAGUACCCCGUCUGCCUGCAAUGCUGCUGCUGCCUGGAGGGCACCUGCCCCCACCACCCGACGCCCCAGGGCCCGCGCGGCCCCCGCCUCGUCGUCUACCCCCAGCUGCGCCUGGGGCGGGGCCGCAGCCGCCUCCACAUGAGCCUGGGCUUUCUGCUGAGGAUCAAGAGGAAACAAGCCUGUAAGUGGCAGCUGAUCUUGGAGCCCCCUGGCAAGGUGGGGCCGGGCAGGGCCUGGGAGGGGGCACCCUGUGGGCAGCCCAGGAGCCAGCGGGGCCCGGGCGGAGCCCUGGGUGUCCAGCACCCCAGGGAGCCGCCUCCCUGCAGGGCGUGCAGCCAGGCCGCCCGGCCGAGCGCCCCACCACGCUCCACCACACCUCACUCCGGCCUGGGGGCCCAGCGCAGGGCUCCCUCCUGCCAGCUCCACGAGGGGUCUGCCUCUGGCAGCACCACGGAGCCGCCCGGAGCCACGGCCGCCAGGGCCCGGGAGCCCCCCCGGGACCCGAGGCCACCAAGAGACCAGAGCUGUGUCCGUGCCCCCCUCAGGGCAGUCCCAGGGGCACCAGCGCCUCAGAGCCAGUCCCGGCCAGCAGCACCACAGUGGGGAGCCAGCCCCGCGCCCCCCCUGGCCCAGGUGCCAAGAGACACUGGCCUUAAGAGACUGUUCCCGUCUGUCCAGCAGGCCUGGGCCAAGCUGUGGGGCAGAGCCAAGCCCAGAACCUCCCCCCAGAGAUCGGGGGGCCCCGUGGUGCAGCCAGCCCCCAGCGGGCGCCCCCACAGCGCUCAGGUCUCCAGCUGA